AUGAAUUCUCGUCUUUGUCUCCUUUUAGUAGCAUGUGGAAUAUUUACUAUAAAUGUACAAGAAAUUAAAACACAAACCCCAAACACACCAAAUGGUAUAAUAAAUAAUGGGGAUCCAAAUAUUCAAAAUAAUAGUGAUGAAUCAAAUCAAAAUCCACAUGAUGGAUUAGAAAAUGGAAUAAACACUUCUUCAGGCUUAUCGGAAAAUCAAUCUUAUAACCCAAACAAUGAGUCUUCAAAUAAUGAAGUAUCAGAUGUAAAAACAUUAAUAAAAUCAUCUUUAUCAAAGGAUGGUAAAGGAAUUAAAGUAACUGGGACAUGCAAUGAAGAUUUCAGAAUUUAUUUUUCUCCUUAUGUUUGGAUUUAUGUUACAUUUUCAGAGAGUAUAAUAAAAAUAGAACCUGAAAAUGGUCUUACUACUUCCAUAAAUUUAAACAAUUUAAAUAAUAAAUGUGAUAAUAAAAAAAAUGAUACCUUUAAGUUCUCUGCUAAAAUUAAAGAAGAUAUUUUAAAAAUAAAAUGGGGAACCCAAACUAAUGGGACUGAUCAAGCCACUAAAAAGGAUAUUAAAAAAUUCAGACUUCCGGAUUUAGCUAAAGAUCUUACAUCUAUUCAAAUAUUCACAACCAAUGCGGAAGAAAAAAUAAUUGAAAGCAAAACUUAUGACAUAGACAAAAACAUUCCGGAAAAAUGUAGCACAAUUUCAGCUAACUGUUUUUUGGGAGGAAGUCUAAAUAUUGAGAGUUGCUAUCAUUGUACAUUGCUAGCUCAAAAAUACCCAAGCGAUGAUGAAUGUUUUAAUUAUAUUUCUAACAAAUCAAAAGAUAAAAUGAAUAAAGAUACUAUAAUAAAAGGAGAAAAUGAGUCAGAUGAAAAUCCAGAUGAACAUAUGUUAAAAGAAAGUAUUUAUAAAAUAUUAAAAAAAAUGUUUACUAAUGAUUCAGACUAUUGUGGUGGUAAUAGAUGUAAUAAAGGAAUCAUAACAGAUAUAAAAGAAUUAGAUGCAGAUUUACAAGGAGACUUAAAAAAUUAUUGUGAUAUUUUAAAGAAGGUAGAUAAAAGUGGUACAUUAGAGGCUCAUGAAGUAGCUAACGAAAUUGAAACAUUUAAUAAUUUAGUAAGAUUAUUUAAUGCACAUAUUAAUGAAAAUAUGUAUAUAUUAUAUGAAAAACUUAAAAAUCCAGCAAUUUGUGUAAAAAAUGUAAAUGAAUGGAUAAUUAAGAAAAGAGGUCUAGUCAUAUCAAAAGACCAUGAUGUAAAUCCAUAUAAUAAUACACAAGAAUCUAAUAUAAAAAAUAUUUUGAAUGAAGAAAAUACAGAAGCAGUUGGUAAUGACAUAAUAGAAAACGAAAGUGAUAAUGAAAAUAAAAUAGUGAAUUUAAAACGUUCAUCAAAUAAAAAAUUAACAUCAGCCUAUUUUAAUAGUAGUAGAUAUUGUAAUAAAGAUUAUUGUGAUAGAUGGAAAGAUAAAACUAGUUGUCUAUCUAAUAUAGAAGUAGAAGAACAAGGAGAAUGUGGUGUAUGCUGGGUAUUUGCAUCUAAGUUACAUUUAGAAACUAUUAGAUGUAUGAGAGGAUAUGGUCAUUAUAGAAGCUCAGCACUUUAUGUAGCCAAUUGUUCAGAUAGAAAUAAAUCAGAAAUAUGUGAUAUUGGUUCAAAUCCAAUCGAAUUUUUACAAAUUUUACAUGAUAGAAAAUAUUUACCUUUAGAAUCGAAUUAUCCAUAUGCCUACUAUCGUGUCGGAGGUUCAUGUCCAAGCACCAAAAAUAGUUGGACCAACUUAUGGGGUAAAAAUAAAUUAUUAUAUUUUAAAUCAAGGUCAAUCGAUUUUACAAGCUCAUAUGGUUUUAUUGCUUUAUCAAGUUCAAACUAUCAAGAUGAUUUAGAUACAUAUAUACAAAUAAUAAAAAAUGAAGUAAGAAAUAAAGGGUCUGUUAUUAUUUAUAUUAAAACAGAAAAUGUAAUAGAUUACGAUUUUAACGGAAAAAUAAUUCAUAACUUAUGUGGUGAUGAUAAUGAUGAUGCUGAUCAUGCAGCAGCAAUUAUUGGAUAUGGCAAUUAUAUAAGUGAUAAAGGGGAAAAAAGAUCUUAUUGGUUAAUAAGAAAUAGUUGGGGUUAUUAUUGGGGAGAUGAAGGAAAUUUUAAAGUUGAUAUGUAUGGUCCAAGACACUGUAAAUAUAACUUCAUUCACACUGUCGUAUUUUUUAAAUUAGAUUUAGGUGAAAUUGAGACCCCACAAAAAGAUGAUAACAAUGUUUAUAGUUAUUUUUCAAAACAUAUUCCUGCUUUUUUUAGUAAUUUAUUCUAUGUUAAUUAUGAUAAGCGUUGGGGAGAAUUGGAGGCUCAAGAAGAACAAAAUAACAAUAACAAAGAUAUUUCGAUAUCUGGUCAAACUGAUAACCAAGUAAAUAGUAAUGAUGGCGUUUAUAGUGAAGGUACCAAUGAUGUAUCUACUCCUUCCUCGAAUAAUACUUCGAUUCAGAAAAAAUUAGAUAUUACCCAUGUUUUGAAAUAUGUUAAAAAUAAUCAAACACAAACAUCUUUUAUAAAAUAUGAUGAUAUCCUUGAAAUAGAAAAGGAACAUAAUUGCUCAAGAGUACAAAGCAUUGGAUUAAAAAAUAAAAAUGAAUGUAAAUCAUUUUGUUUAGAAAACUGGAGUACUUGUAAAAAUCAUCAUUCUCCUGGAUUUUGCUUGACAACCUUAUAUUCUGGUGAAGAUUGUUUUUUUUGUAACAUAUAA